GGGGGGGGAACCUGGGCAGCGGCCGGGCUCUCUGGCUUCAGGGCUCGGAGAGCGAGAGGGAGGGUGGCAAAGAGAGUGAGUUGGUGCCGCCGCCUGCCUGAGGAGAGAGGAGGGGUCCCGCUUGCCUGCGCCCUUCGCGGGCCGAGAGCGCUAGGCACCCCACGAACCUCUGAGGCCUCCCGGCCCCUGGGGACCCCGCCCCGCCGCCGCCGGCCGGCCGGCCCGCGGCCUCUCUUCCCUUUGUGAGCGCCCCCUUCCCAGGGGUGGUGGUGGUGGUGGUGGUGGCAGAGGGUUGUGCGUGGGCCUGCCCGCCGAGGGGCCGCGGCGGGGGACCGACAGGGCCUCGGCUGUGUGAGGACGAGAGGCGGCCGAGGCCCGGGCCGGUUCCCCCGAAGCGGCGGCGGCUCCCGGCACUUCCCCGCGCCAUCUUAGCUGAGCCCAAGCGCUGAGGGCGCCUCCUCGACCCCGGUCGUCCCCUCGCUCCCCGCCCCCCCCACCCCCCCGCCCCUUGUCGCAGAGCUUGGGCUGGGCGGCUCGUUGGGGCUCCGGGGGGGGCGGGGGGGGGCAGCGGUGUGUCGCCAGGCCCCCUCCUCCUCACUCCUCGCCUCCCAGCGAAGCGGCUACCCCAGCGCUGUAGGGGGCUGCGCCUGCCUACUCCGCCCCAGACCUGUCGGCGAAAGGGUUAUGCCAAAGUGGCUUCAUUCAUACAGAUGAACCAAGGAUUGGGAUAGCAAGUAUAAAAUUAGAAUCAAACAGCUGAUUGCCCAGCAGGAUGCCAUCAACUAACAGAGCAGGCAGCCUGAAAGACCCUGAAAUUGCAGAGCUCUUCUUCAAAGAAGAUCCCGAAAAGCUCUUCACAGAUCUCAGAGAAAUUGGUCAUGGAAGCUUUGGAGCAGUGUAUUUUGCACGAGAUGUGCGUACCAAUGAAGUGGUGGCUAUUAAAAAAAUGUCUUAUAGUGGAAAGCAGUCUACUGAGAAAUGGCAGGAUAUUAUUAAAGAAGUCAAGUUUCUACAAAGAAUAAAACAUCCCAACAGUAUAGAAUAUAAAGGCUGCUAUUUACGUGAGCACACAGCAUGGCUUGUAAUGGAAUAUUGUUUAGGAUCUGCUUCAGAUUUACUGGAAGUUCACAAAAAGCCAUUACAAGAAGUGGAAAUAGCAGCAAUUACACAUGGUGCUCUCCAGGGAUUAGCCUACUUGCAUUCGCAUACUAUGAUCCAUAGAGAUAUCAAAGCAGGAAAUAUUCUUCUGACAGAACCAGGCCAGGUGAAACUUGCUGACUUUGGAUCUGCUUCCAUGGCAUCUCCUGCCAAUUCUUUUGUGGGAACGCCAUAUUGGAUGGCCCCAGAAGUAAUUUUAGCCAUGGAUGAAGGACAGUAUGAUGGCAAAGUAGAUGUAUGGUCUCUUGGAAUAACAUGUAUUGAACUAGCGGAAAGAAAGCCUCCUUUAUUUAAUAUGAAUGCAAUGAGUGCCUUAUAUCACAUAGCCCAAAAUGAAUCCCCUACACUACAGUCUAAUGAAUGGUCUGAUUAUUUUCGCAACUUUGUAGAUUCUUGUCUCCAGAAAAUCCCUCAAGAUCGCCCUACAUCAGAGGAACUUUUAAAGCACAUGUUUGUUCUUCGGGAACGCCCUGAAACAGUGUUAAUAGAUCUCAUUCAAAGGACAAAGGAUGCAGUAAGAGAGCUGGACAAUCUGCAAUAUAGAAAAAUGAAAAAACUCCUUUUCCAGGAGGCACAUAAUGGACCAGCGGUAGAAGCACAGGAAGAAGAAGAGGAACAAGAUCAUGGUGUUGGACGGACAGGAACAGUGAAUAGUGUUGGAAGUAAUCAGUCUAUUCCCAGUAUGUCCAUUAGUGCCAGUAGCCAAAGCAGUAGUGUUAACAGUCUUCCAGAUGCCUCAGAUGACAAGAGUGAGCUGGACAUGAUGGAGGGAGAUCAUACAGUGAUGUCUAAUAGUUCUGUCAUCCACUUAAAACCUGAGGAAGAAAAUUACAGAGAGGAGGGAGAUCCUAGAACAAGAGCGUCAGAUCCACAAUCUCCACCCCAAGUAUCUCGUCAUAAAUCACACUAUCGUAAUCGAGAACACUUUGCUACUAUACGGACAGCAUCACUGGUUACAAGGCAAAUGCAAGAACAUGAGCAGGACUCUGAACUUAGAGAACAGAUGUCUGGCUAUAAGAGAAUGAGGCGACAACAUCAAAAGCAGCUGAUGACUCUAGAAAAUAAGCUAAAGGCUGAGAUGGAUGAACAUCGCCUAAGAUUAGAUAAAGAUCUUGAAACUCAACGUAACAAUUUUGCUGCAGAAAUGGAGAAACUUAUCAAGAAACAUCAGGCUGCUAUGGAAAAAGAGGCUAAAGUGAUGGCCAAUGAGGAGAAAAAAUUCCAGCAACAUAUUCAGGCCCAACAGAAGAAAGAACUGAAUAGCUUUUUGGAGUCCCAGAAGAGAGAAUACAAACUUCGAAAAGAACAGCUUAAGGAGGAGCUGAAUGAAAACCAGAGCACUCCAAAAAAAGAAAAACAGGAGUGGCUUUCAAAGCAGAAGGAGAAUAUACAGCAUUUCCAAGCAGAAGAAGAGGCUAAUCUUCUUCGACGUCAGAGACAAUACCUAGAGCUGGAGUGCCGCCGCUUCAAGAGAAGAAUGUUACUUGGACGCCAUAACUUAGAGCAGGACCUUGUCAGGGAGGAGUUAAAUAAAAGGCAGACCCAAAAGGACUUAGAGCAUGCCAUGCUACUGCGACAACAUGAAUCCAUGCAAGAACUGGAGUUUCGUCACCUCAACACAAUUCAGAAAAUGCGCUGUGAGUUGAUCAGAUUGCAGCAUCAAACUGAGCUCACUAACCAGCUGGAAUAUAAUAAGCGAAGAGAACGGGAACUAAGGCGAAAGCAUGUCAUGGAGGUUCGACAGCAGCCUAAGAGCCUGAAGUCUAAAGAACUCCAAAUAAAAAAGCAGUUUCAGGACACCUGCAAAAUCCAAACCAGACAGUACAAAGCAUUAAGAAAUCACCUACUGGAGACUACACCAAAGAGUGAGCACAAAGCUGUUCUGAAACGGCUCAAGGAGGAACAGACCCGGAAGUUAGCCAUCUUGGCUGAGCAGUAUGACCACAGCAUUAAUGAAAUGCUAUCCACACAAGCCCUGCGUUUGGAUGAAGCACAGGAAGCAGAGUGCCAGGUUUUGAAGAUGCAGCUGCAACAGGAACUGGAGCUGUUAAAUGCAUAUCAGAGCAAAAUCAAGAUGCAAGCUGAGGCACAACAUGAUCGAGAGCUUCGGGAGCUUGAACAACGGGUCUCCCUACGAAGGGCACUCUUAGAACAAAAGAUUGAAGAAGAGAUGUUGGCUUUGCAGAAUGAACGCACAGAACGAAUACGAAGCCUGCUGGAGCGUCAAGCCAGAGAAAUUGAAGCUUUUGACUCUGAAAGUAUGAGACUGGGUUUUAGUAACAUGGUCCUUUCUAAUCUCUCCCCUGAGGCAUUCAGCCACAGCUACCCAGGAGCUUCUGGUUGGUCUCACAACCCUACUGGGGGUCCAGGACCUCACUGGGGUCAUCCCAUGGGUGGCCCACCACAAGCUUGGGGCCAUCCGAUGCAAGGUGGACCCCAGCCAUGGGGUCACCCCUCAGGGCCAAUGCAAGGGGUGCCCCGAGGUAGCAGUAUGGGGGUCCGCAAUAGCCCUCAGGCUCUGAGGCGGACAGCUUCUGGGGGACGGACGGAGCAGGGCAUGAGCAGAAGCACGAGUGUCACCUCACAGAUCUCCAAUGGGUCACAUCUGUCUUAUACAUAGCUUAAUAGUUGAAAGUGGCAAUUCUGCUGGAGCUGUCUGCCAAAAGAAACUGCCUACAGACAUCGUCACAGCAGCCUCCUCACUUGGGUACUACAGUGUGGAAGCUGAAUGCAUAUGGUAUAUUUUAUUCAUUUUUUUUAAAGCGUUCUGUUUUGUGUUUACUAAUUUGGAUGUCAUAGUAUUUGGCUGCCAGGUUUUGUUUUUUUGUUUUUAACUUUUGGAGAAAUUUAAAAAGGGGAAUUGAUAUGUAUGUGUGUGUGUGUGUGUGCAUGUGCACACACGCACACACAUGUGUGUGUGGUAAAAAGAAAUUGGCUAGAUAGGGGGUAUUUUCUGAAGACUGCAAAUAUAUAAUACAGCAAAAUGGCUUAAGUCAUCACUUUUGGGCAACUAUAUCCUAAGAAGUUUGUGAAAAAAGAUCAAAGCCUUUCUCCAUACCCCAAAUUCUAAUGAACCACUCACAGCAGGCAGCAUAUGCUAAAACAAGUUAUUAUGGAAACACAUUUGUAUCCCCUCACAAGUACAUUUUCUUUAUUACAUUGAUCUGACUUCUCAGCCUCAUUUGGAGUAAAAAAGUGGAAAGCCAUGAACACUGAAGGGUUGCAUUGACUUUUUCAGAGAGUAGAAAACAAAUGAGUUCUUUUUCUGAAUGCUGCAUAGGCUUGUCAGUGAUUUUUCCCCCAUUCAUUUGUGCCUUCUUUGUGGCAUGGUGAGAUGGAGGUGCUUAAGGAGAUCAAAAGUUGUGUGGGAAUUUCAUCCAACAAACCUGUGAGCCUUCAAAGGGAAAGACCAGAAGGGUGAGAGAGGUCCCUGAAAGUUCAUAUGAUAGGUGUGUUCAGCAGCAGAGUGAGGAGAUGAAGCCUGUAUAUCCUGAUGUUUUGUUGCUUAUACUGUGAUAUUUCAUCCUAGCUAAGCUCUGUAACUCCCAAAACCCCAAACAGUACUUUUUACUUUGUUUGUACAAAAACAAAGACGUAUAGCCAAUACACAUCAAAUGCCUGAGGUAUUUGAAUAAUGCCAUAUUUGCAAACUGCCACCUUUUGGAAUUCUCAUCACACUACAUAGACAUUAAUUUGAUUACCCCCUUUUGGCUUAUGGGAUUUCCUGUUUACAAAGUAGAAUAGCCAAUUAUUUAAAGUUUAGUUGCCAUAGUGAACCAGGAGUCACUGAGCCAAUGACUUUACCAGCUGCUGACUAACCCUCACUACCACUGUAGAUUUUGCUGCAUGUGCAGGUCCUCUUUUUUUUUUCUUCUUCUUCUUUUUUAAUUACUGUUUUUGUUGCUGCAAUACUUUACAAACUUCUAGUUCCUUGAGACUUAGUGACCAUUUGACAUCAUGUUAACAUCAUACAAUAGGAAACAACACUUCCUGAAGUCUCUAGCCUCUGCUAAAUUACUACUGAAAAGGAACUAGCAGGUUUGGCAAAUUAAGAAAAAAAGAAAAGUAAAAUAAGUUAUAGUGGUCAGGGAAUCUCUUGACAAAAGCUAACCUUUUUUUCCAGAGAGGGGCGUGUUUUGUUUUGUUUUGUUUUGUUUUGUUUUGUUUUUCAAUGAAGGAUCAACCCAGUGCUGAAAGUCAGAUGUUACUUGGUAUUCCAUUGCCAGUGUGGAAAUUUAGUUGAAGAUGGAUAGGGAGCUGUAUUACUUGAAGAAAAAAAAAUUUCUUUCCAGUGACAUAUCAGAAUUUCUACAAGCUAUUGUUCUGCCCCCUCCCCAGUUGUCUUGAAGAACCCUUGCUGCUAACUCUGGGUCCUGCUUUUCAUAUAGUCAAAGUUUCCAGUCCUCUCAAUGAUACUUUUUACCUAGGCCAGACUAAUGACCAAAUGUAAUCUAUCACUUUUGAAAUCUUGGUUUUCUCAAUUAAAUUUAAGUCUUCCCCAGGUAUGUCAGUCCAAUCUCCAUGGAUCAUCCCCUUUAGGAGUUUCUGGGAUUCAUUUAAAGGUAACUGGAAGAAAAAUUAAUAUUUUAAUGUAAAUAUUUUAAAAGCCAGUAUCACAAUAGAAUUCACACAAUUUUAGGCAGUGUUUCAGGUAGCACUCUGAUACAUUAUCCUCUUGGCCAUACUCAAGAUCACCAGCUUUUAGAUGAACAGGACAUGUACUUGUCAUAUCUAAUGAAAGGGGCUUUUAAUUUUCUCCAUAUAUUUUUUGCAUUCAAGUAUUAUGUAAUAUUUCAAACAAGUUGAAAUAUCUACUUAUUUGGAGGAAAAUUAUAGAAGAGAGCUUUAGAAUUAAUAAGAUGCCCAAAAUAUAAAAUGGAAUUUGAUACUUAAAAAAAAAUUCUCAUUAGCCCCUCUGUACUACUGGAGGGAUAGAAUAGAGAAGCAGAUCCAUUCUGCACACAGAACUAAAAUCCAAACUACUUCCAGUGACUUACAAUUAGUCAAAUUGAAUUACUGAGUUUGUGUGCAGAGCAUAUGUACUUGUAAAAUUGUGAUUGAAUGCUGACUCCAAAGGUCUACCCAGUCGGGCUUUGUAUCUGAUUUAUCUGUGUGGCAACCAGUUUUAACAUGUAGGUCAUGAGUAUACCUGGAUUAUUCCAUUAAAUUAAUUUUAUUUUAAAAAUAUAUAGUUUGCAAAAAUUCUAAUUGGUGUGUGUUUAUAAGAUCUAACUUCUGAGGAAUCUCAUACAUGGUAGGAAUCAGUAAAGAAUAACGUUUGUAGCAGGAAACUCUGAAAAGUUUAGAGAUUCUAAAGAAAGAAGCAAGCACUUUCUAAAUCAGUGUGCAAAUGUCAAUAUUUGAUCAAAUUACUACCUCCUCCAAGAGUUGGUGUUCACUCAGUACAUAUGUGUUUAAGAAAAAAAAAUAUGGGAAAUUUGUCCAGCAUAUCAGAAAGUUAUUAAUGCUAUAUCUGGUAUCCAGAGCUUGGCAGUAAAAAUUUUCUUAUGUUCACUGUAUCUCCCUUUCUUUAGUUAGCAUUUUCAAAAGCAAAACCUCAAAUCUUGAUAAAUAUUAUUUCUAAUUGGGUUCCCUUCCUUUUGCACAUAUUUUUCUCCUCUUAUUAAAGUCAGAUCUAAUCCCAAAUUAUAGUUUCUUCAUUAUAUAGUAAUGUUAGCUGGAAAAUGUUUAUAUUAUUUUUAUCCAGAGCUGCCUUUUUUUUAGUCAAUUCUGUCCCUAGGGAUGAAUAGUUCUACAUUUGAUGCCAUGCCCUUAGGUAUAAUAUGCUUGAUUACUAUAGGCCAAGGAUUUAUCGGGAAAUUUAACUAUUUAGUAUAGUCAUGAUUUUCAACUGCCCAGACAUCAGGUAAACACUAUUUAGUACACUAAAGAAACUGUCCUUGAUCCUCCCUCCCACUCCCACCUAAUUUUCCUCAUCCUCUUUUUGAAAAUCAAAAACUCUAUGAGUGUCUUUUUCAGACCAUAAGACAGACUUUAGUAACUUUCUAGUUCUUUAAGUGCUAAAUGUCUGGCAUUUUAAACUUUUAUAAAAUACAUUGUGUUGGACACUGGAAUAAUACUGUUUAUUUUCACCUGUGAAAAAUGACUUUAUUGUACUUGAAACACCUCCUUUGCAUUUCUCCAUUUGUGCCAUUCACUAGUGGAAAUAAAUUGUAUUAUACCAUGAUCUACUGGCUUUUUAAAACUGUGUUAAAUAUGCACAUUUUUGGUAUAGCUAUUAUCAUUUGUAUGUAUAUAUUGUAUAUACAUAUGAGUGUCUGUGUGUGUAUAGGUAGAUGGAUGUAACUCAUACUGUACAUUUCCAUCAGGGCACUUAAGGUUCUGUUACUUUGUUUUGUUAUUUCAAAUCCUCAGUUAAGGCAAGAAUGCAUGUGUUUAAGAAUGAGUACUCUGGGGUGAUAUUUAUGAGAAGGUGGUCAUUAGCUGCAGUCUUUUCUCUUUUAAUCCCCUUAACAUUUGUGUGAGUGGAAAGAAAGUUAAGUAAAAUGUGGAACCAUACGUUGCAAAGACAGUAAAAUAGUGCUGGGGAAGGAGCCAUUUAGUGUUUCUAUGAGUUUGUGUCUCGAGGCAGUAAAGAUAAGUGAUGCAGAGAGAAGUGAACCAUGGAAAUUAAAAACACUGUUGGUGAUUCCUCUGCAAAGAUGAUAGAAGAACCAAUAAAUCACACGAUCUUCAUGUGCAGUCUACGUAUUUCUUAGUAGUGAUGUCAUUGAUCCCCUUACUCUUUUUACUUCAUUAAUACCAAUAAUUAUAAAUUUUGCUAAGGACCAAAACAGCCAAAAAAAGAAUUACUGCUGAAGCAUCUAAGGUUCUCCUAAACCCGUGGUCGGCAAACUGCAGCUCGCGAGCCACAUGCGGCUCUUUGGCCCCUUGAGUGUGGCUCUUCCACAAAAUACCAUGGCCUGGGCGAGUCUAUUUUGAAGAAGUGGCGUUAGAAGAAGUUUAAGUUAAAAAAAUUUGGCUCUCAAAAGAAAUUUCAAUCGUUGUACUGUUGAUAUUUGGCUCUGUGGACUAAUGAGUUUGCCGACCACUGACCUAAACUAUAAAAUCAGUAGGAAAUGGCCACUGGGAGAGAAGGAUUUGGCAUUGGCAUGGGCUUCCUCCCUUUAGCUGCCUCUUCUUACUUACCAAUAGUAAGUUCUUUGUGUACCUUCCACCCCUUCUGAGCCACUAUUCAAGCAGCGAUUUGGCUCAACACAGCAACCCUUUCCUAGGGGGUUUAUGGUCUUUUGUUUUGUCCUGUGCUCACAAUGUGAAGUGUCCAGUGUGUGUUCAAGUCAGAAAACAAUACACUUAAGGUAUAUAAGUAUGAAUCUUCUAUAAUGAUGGAAGAAGAAGUUUUUGUUUCUUAGAUAGAAAACUGCCUUCUCUAAGGAACAAAGCCAAAACUUGGACUGUCAUCUUUGAGCUGCUUAUCAAAAUACAGACUAUUAUUAAAGACAAUUUCUCUAUUUUGUUUUCCCUCAUCUAACAUGAUAGAUAGUGCUCCAACCAGGUUCUAGCAUUGCCUUUGAAAAGGCACUCACUCUUAGUUGUUAAAAACUGGAAAAUUCCCAUCCUCAGAUUCCUAAAAGAAUGAAGAGUGUGCUGUACACUUAGCAGACUUGCCUCUUGUAUGCAAGGACUACUGAUUGAAGUCUAUUUUGCUGUGUGUCUGGUUAUGUUGUCUGCACUUUUAUGAAAUCACUACAGUAGACUACAUUGGAAAUGACUAUUAAUUUGUAAAGAAGUAAGUUUUAUUAAUCACUGUCUAGAAAAAGAAAGUGAAGCUGAGAACUCUUCCUUUAUUGUAUAUUUAUAUUUUCUACUGAACUCUGGGAGCCCUCUUGAAAGUCACAUUGACUAAUUUUUUCCUCGUUUAUAUUCAGACUUCCAAACUUUCACUAAAACAAGGGAAGAGAGAACCCACUUGGCCUAUUGGUAGCCUUCAGAGCAUAAGAAAUAUAUAAAUUAGUAUGCACCUUAUCUGCCUGUUGUGGGUUUUUUAAACUUGCACUUCCCACCUACCCAAAAAAAUAGAUGUUCUUUAAAGAAAAAAAUGAAGAGAUUACAUCUGGGGAGCCAUUUACUAUGUCACCAUCACUGUUAACUGUUUCCCAGCAAUCCUAACUGAAGUUUCAGAGAUUUUGUGUGUGUGUGUGUGAAUGCAUCUGUGUUGGAUUUAUUUUGUUUUUAAAUAUCAAGAGAUUCUCCUUUAAAUAGAGAAAAAGGUUAAUGCUCUCUGAAACCAGAUACCCAUUGGAUAUACUAAUCUGAACAUCUGUAGGUAGUUUGCCAUGAAAAAGUGGAGAGAAGACGAGACUUCUGAAUGAAUGAAAAGGGUAUCUUGAUGCCCAAGAAUUCCCCCCAAAGUACGGGUAAUUCAACCUGCACAGUUUCCUUUUCACUCAUAGUUUGUAGUAAUUGUGAGUAAAAAAUCAUGUAAUUAUCUGUAAAUAUGUAGCUAACAAAUUGACCUAGUUUCUGUAUUUUUUUGUUUUUGUACUAAAGUUUAUAAAUCUGUGCCAGCUAGAGAGAAGUUGCUGUGAUUGCCGAUUGUGGUCCUAGCAUCUAACCCUGAAACCAUCCUAGGUGGCAUUUUUAGAAUUAAUGCUUAAAUGUUGUUAAACAGGGGGAAAUGAAGCUUAAUCAUUGGUCAGGUUUAAAAUCUUUUAAAGUGAAGUCAUUUUAUUUAAUAUAAUGAUUACAUGUCCUCAAUCAUGAAUGAGGUAGGGAGCCUCCCUCCCCCAGUGGCCAUGUUUACAGAAGUGUGUAUUUGUCUAUAAAGUGAAGAGUUUUAAUGUUUAUGUAAAUUAUGCAGGUAACAUUAUGGCUUGGAACUGUUUAUUGGGCUCUUUAGGCUGAAUUUUCAAAUGAAAUGAACUAUUCUUAUUGCUGGCACAUUGAUCCCAUUGCUGGAGCAUUUUUCCUCUUUCCAGAAUUAAUUUGUUCCUUUGUCAUUAUCCCCACUUAACCUUUCUCUGAUAUGCCUGUAGUCCUAGCCCUAAGGUAUUUAAGUCUGGAGACCAUAGACAAGGAAAAUGCAUUUUUUAAAAUCCAUGAACCCUCAUUUGUAUGCUUUCAGUACUCAUAUGUUUCUAUGGCAACUCCGAGGUCAGUGGAGUUUAGAAAUGAGAUACGUGUGUACUCUUUGCUUUUGCAUGGCUUGGUUUAGCAUCAGAGGCAUAUUAGGGCCACUUGAAAGCAUGAAGACCAGUUGUAUGAGAACACGUUUCUCUUAGUGGCACAUUUUGCUUUUUCUGAGCCCUCAAAUACAUUGCCUCAGCAUGAACAUUAUUGUUACUAUAAAUUGUACAUGGUCAUGGAGUGAAUUGUGUGAUUUUAAAAAGAUGUAACUGCUUAAUGUUUGCAGAUUCUGGCUGAACCAUGUGACUAUUUGAUACAUAUCAAACAAAUGAAGGAAGGGGUAUUGGAACCCUUCUAACCCCCUUUUUUGUCAUAGACAGGUAUAUUCAGUUUAAUAUGUUGGCUGCCCCUGGUGUGUUGCCAGACAGCUCUUUUUUGGUGCCCAUUCCACAUGUGCUUCCUUGCAUUUCAUAUCACAGAAACUACCACCCCUUCUCCUCAGUAGCAUUUUAUGUGUUACACAUUUUAUUCCACAUUAAAUGGGAAUUGUGCCUACUUAAAGUGCCCCUGUAAUUAAUUACAUACACAUGCCCUAAAAUCUAAGCCAGAGUCACAAGGUGGAAAUUAAAAAAAAAAAAAAUGUCCACUUGAGGCCAGUAAUUUAUCUGACAAAGUAUUUUACCACAUUAUCUUGACACUUGAUAUAUGAGCCUAUUAGGAGUGGCAGGUGGUUUCAUAGAGCAAAAUCCAAGUGGAGAGAGAUAUGUAAGGUUUCUAUUAAGAGAUAAUUUUGUUCUUAUUUUACCUUCCCUUUUAUGAUCCUUCUCUGCGAGGUUAGAAAAAGUUAAUUCUCCAAAUUUAUUUUAUUUUAUUAUCUUUUAGGGAAAUUUUUACAAAAUCAAUGGUCUGAUGUAAAUAACAUUUUAAAGUACAGUGCACAUAACUUCCCCAGACUAUUCCAACCUGAUAAUUUGUAAAUGCUUUAGAGUUUUUUAAAUUAACACUUGUGUUGCUAAAUCUUAUUUAUGUAAGUCUGCUAAAAUUUUUAACCCAUUUAAAACUUCAGACAUUUAAAUAAUGGAUGGGUUACUCUGAGCAAUUUAGCUUUCAGAACCCCCUUGUUUUAGUAUAUGAAAAAGAUCGCCUAAUGCGCAUUAAUGAGGUUGGAGAGACUAUGAGAAAUAUGUAUAGUGUAUAUUUUAAAACAGCUUUGCUUGUAUUGUGAAGAUUUAAAAACAAACUUGAGAUUUUUAACGUAACUAUUAACACAGUUUUAACAUAAGUUAUCCCACUGGGUUUAAGAGCAUCUUGAAUGUAUAAUCCUUUUUGUAACCCAGGUUGGUUUCUGCUUUUACCAUUCAUCCAAACAUAUUAUUUAUGUUUUUAAUUUUAUAUACUCAUUUCCCUUUGUUUUCCUCAACCAGCAUGAUUUUUUUGCACAUGUAUUGUAGAAAUUUUUAAGAAGAAAAAUUAAUACAUCAUUUUCUCUGGGUUUUCUUCACUUCUCUCUUCCUUUCUACUAACCCCUUACCUUAAAGGCCAUAUCGCUCCAUUUGCAUUGUUUGUGCAAAUGCCAGGGUUGGUUUUUAUUUUUAUUUUUGCUAUUUACCUAAAAUUAAAAAAAGAAAAAUGCUUCAGUCAAUUGCUUUUUUAUUUAAAGAAUAAAAAAGAAAAGAAAAAAAAGCUGUAACCUUAUCAUUUCUGAGUAGACCAUUGAGAGAUGAAUGCACACCUGUAAUAGCCUAGGACCAGCUUUGGUGGCUAAAGGGAAUAUUUUAACUAAGCAAGAGGUUUUUUUUCUAAAAGUGGUAUAUAUUAUUUACAAUCUCUUUUAGUUAUUCCCACAAGUCAGGGGUCCAGAUAAAAUGAGGGUUAUCAGCAAACUGAUGUUAUCAUUGAGGUUCAUCAAUGAAUUUGUACAUUUCUAUUUCCCUUUGGUGAAGGGAAAAAUGAUGAUUUUGCAAGACCUAGAUUUUGGCUUGGUUUCUUGCCUCCUUUUUUGGCAGCCUACAUCUUCUCAUCUCCUAAAGCCCUUGAGCCUGUAGGGUUUUUGUAGUGGACGAAGGACUUGUGGUCUUCUAAAACUAGGACUGAUUUUUUUGUGUGUGUGAGAGAGAUUAUCAUCUUGAAAGUGAUGUUCUCCCACUUUACAGAUGACUAAUUUCAAAUAUACACAGUCCUCUCAAUUUUCGGACCAAACAGAUGCCCACAGUGGAGGCUUAUCGAGGGUUGCAAUGGGGAAGAAGCCUCUCCCUCACUGUCAGCACCAGCUGGUACAGGUGUGCAUUUUCCUUUUGGUAGAAAUGGUCCACAGCACUAACUGGUAAGGCUUAUGUACAGUAUAUUGUCAGUAUUCUUCUGGUUCAACAUACCUUAUAGUUCAUAUAUAACCUGUAUUAAUUGUAUAGAUUGUGCAUUUAAAGCUGUUACCAAGUUGUCAGAACUUAAGAGCGAAAACAAGGUCAUAUGUAAUAUUUUGUUUGUAAGUAUCCUUUGUAUCAUAGCAAAGGAAAUGUUUAAAAAAUGAACUGUAAUAAAGUAAUUUUAGUACA